CCCUUUUUCUGCAUUGGCGCUUCUCGAUCUGUGUCCUCUCCAUCUCACUUGUUUUCAGAAGCAGCCUCGCUCAUCCUUAUAUAGCCCUCCUCCCUCUCUCACUUGUCUUCUCUAUCAGCUAGCUAGCACACACAAUAUCUAGCCUUAUCUUUCUCGAUCGAUCUCUGCCUCAAGCAACUUAGCAGCAAGGUUAUUAUCUAGGACAUAGAGAGGGAGAUCGAGAGGAUCGUCGAUGACGAUGGAUGCGGCGAGCAUCAUAGGGUACUUCAAUGGCAAGAGCAUCCUCAUCACCGGCGCAACUGGGUUUCUUGGAAAGAUCCUUGUGGAGAAGAUCCUGCGCGUGCAGCCUCAAGUCCACAAGAUAUACCUCCUUGUCCGAGGCAUCGACGAGCCGACUGCAAGGCAACGCGUCCAGCAAGAGGUGAUAGACACGGAGCUGUUUGGGCUCCUGAGGGAGAAGCAUGGCAAGGGCUUCCAGCAGUUCGUGGAGGAGAAGGUUGUUGCUUUGGCCGGAGACAUCAUCCACCACAACCUGGGGCAGGAGGCACCCAUGCUGGAGGCGCUUUCCAAGGAGAUCGACGUCAUCGUCAACAUUGCUGCAACCACCAACUUCUAUGAAAGGUAUGAUGUUUCCUUGGAUGUGAACGUGAUGGGGGUGAAGCACCUCUGCCAGUUCGCCAAGCAGUGUGCCAGGCUCAAGAUGUUCAUGCAGGUCUCCACUGCUUUUGUGUCGGGGUUCAGUGAGGGCCUGAUCCUGGAGAAGCCCAUCAAGCCCGGCGAGUCGCUGCGCGAGGGCACGCACCUGGACAUCGACACCGAGCUUCGCCUCGUGAGAGAAGUCAAGAAGCAGCUGACGAUGAACGAUGGCGCCGCCAGCGACGACAAGAAGGCGGAGGAGAGGAAGGCGAUGAAGGAGCUGGGCCUCCAGCGGGCCCGUCACUUCGGGUGGUCCAACACCUACGUGUUCACCAAGGCCAUGGGCGAGGUGCUCCUGGGCCACCUCCGCGGCGACAUCCCGGUGGUGAUCAUGCGGCCCAGCAUCAUCACGAGUGUCCGGGCCGACCCAGUGCCCGGGUGGAUGCAGGGCACCCGCACCAUCGACACCAUCAUCAUCGGCUACGCCAAGCAGAACCUCUCCUGCUUCCUCGCCGACCUCGACCUCGUCAUGGACGUCAUCCCGGGGGACAUGGUGGUGAACGCCAUGAUGGCCGCCAUGGUCGCGCACUCGGAGGAGAAGGGCGCGCUGGUGGUCUACCACUCCACCUCCUCGCUGCGCAACCCGGCCAAGUACAACGUGCUCUACCAGUCGGGGCGCCGCCAUUUCUACGAGAACCCGCGGGUGGGGAAGGACGGCAAGGCCAUCCCCACGAGGGAGAUGUACUUCUUCCCCACCAUCGCGCGAUUCCACCUCUACAUGAUCUUCACAUACAAGAUACCACUAGAGAUCCUGCACCUGGUGAAUCUGCUGCUCUGCGGCUUCUUCUCGCGGCUCUACAACGACCUCAACCGCAAGUACAAGUUCGUGAUGCAUCUUGUUGACGUCUACGGCCCAUUCGCCUUCUUCAAAGGAUGCUUCGAUGACAUGAACUUGGAGCGGCUGAGGCUCAUGAUGGCGAUGAAGACCCCUGAAGAUCAAAUGUUCAAUUUCGACCCCAAGACCAUCGACUGGGACGAUUACUUCACCAGAAUCCACAUACCUGGUGUGCUCAAGUACUUGUGCAAGUGAAGCCUUGUUGCAAUUCGCUGCUUCUUCGAUCACCUUGUUGCUAUAGAAAAAGAAAAGGCUCCCUCAUAUUGUUUAUGAAGGUACCAGGUGAUUGUCAAGAAAAGAAAUAAAGGCUCAUAUUGAUAGAGUUGUAUUAUUGGAGAAGCUCCGUAUACCUAUAGUAGUGGUCAAACGUACGUGUGCCUGUGCUAUGUGGUAGCAGCCUAUCAUGCUAUGAGUAUGAACUUGUAAUCUGAAUAUCUGAUUGAUAUGCACGUGUCAGUGACCAUGAAAAGGAUCUGUAAUAUCUGUUUGCAAUGCCAAUGAAAUUGAGAAGGAAAACUAAUCAAGAAAGAGAUUACUGAUGCA